AUGGCAUUAGAUGUGUUGAUUCGUCAUCAACCAUCGAUGUUGUAUAGGACAAUUGGUCGCUCGUUCUACACAAGUGAGGGUUCCCGUUCACUUGGUGGGGGCGCCGAAGCGUGGCAAGGAUAUUACUUGUCAGCACGUCCUACUCUAGGACGCAUGAUUAUAAACAUUGACGUAUGUGCCACGGCAUUUUACGAAUCCGGUCCUCUAAUUCAGAUGGUAGCCAAAAUAUUAGAACGUCCUCUCGAUCAUCUUCGUAGGGGUUUAGUUAGGGGGGAUAUACAGAAGUUAGAAAAACGACUAAAGGGCUUGCAGAUCCGCGUCACUCAUCGAGGUGAACAGGCGUCAAGACGCAAAUACAAAAUUACUGCGUUAACUCCCGGUCCAACUUCAAGUAUAAAUUUUGACCAGGAUGGUAGACAGAUUAGUAUUGCUGCCUAUUUUUAUCAGACUUAUCGUCGGAGGCUCGACUUUCAAAAUUUACCAUGCGUCAUCGUAAAACAAGAUAUUUUUCUUCCUAUAGAAAUUUGCGAAGUCGUAGAGGGUCGAAGGUACCCCAGGAAACUUGACGGUGAACAGACGCGGAAUAUGAUCGCGUAUGCGUGCGAAAGGCCAAACUCUCGCGCGAAUAAAAUUCUAAGAGGUCUUAAUGCUCUCAACUUUCGAGGAAAUGAGCAUUUGCAAAAAUUCGGAAUUCGGAUUUCUAAUGAAAUGACCACGGUUAAUGCUAGGAUAUUACCGGUCCCGACAAUCGUGUAUCACGCAUCGUCUAAGGAGCCCAAAGUAAGACCAAAUGAUGGUGUGUGGAGUUUAAGAGAUAAAAAAGUAUUCACUGGUGCCACUCUGGGCUCUUGGUCGGUACUCGUAUUCGGCUCACCAAAUGAGCUAGGUGAUGGAGUCAUCAGGCUGUUCGUCAGGGAACUGGUAAAUAACUGCCAGGAGAAGGGAAUGAAUAUCCCAAACAGAAAUCCCCCCAUAAGUUAUGUUAAUAUGCAUAGCACAACAGAAGAAAACCUGAUGAAAGCCUGGCUCGAAGCCGGUAACACGGCAAAACAGAAACCUCAGCUAAUAUUAUGUGUUCUUUUGAACAUCAAGACAGAUCUUUACCCUGAAAUAAAACGCGUCAGUGACACCAUUAUUGGUGUCCAAACGCAAUGCGUUCAGGCAAAACACACGAAUAGGCCAAACAAACAGUACCUAGCUAAUCUUUGUCUUAAAAUAAAUGUCAAACUGGGCGGCAUGAAUUCACAUUUGACUGAAUUACCUUUUGUCGACGAUCAGCCAACGAUUAUAAUGGGUGCCGAUGUAACUCAUCCGCCGCCUGGUAUUAUUAAUUAUAAACUCCAUCUCUCUGUGCAUCAAUGGAUUCUAGGGCAUCGCGGUACGCCGCAUCAAUCAGAAUACAAGCGAGUCGAACCGAAUGGAUCGCCGAUCUUGAUCAAGGACAAUUCUCAAAAAUUCUUCGAGAUGAAAAGAAACUCAUAA